CCAGUGAACAAAAUAAAAAAAUACAAAACUCAAAUAUUUUAUGGUUUUAGAAAUAUUGUUCUAUGAGGUUGGUCCAGUAAGUAAGAAAUUGUUUCAUACUUUCAAUGUCGUGACCUAAACUUUUGUUUAAGUGUCUAACAAGUACGUUUGUUUUGAGGUCUGCUCUGACUCUAUUUUUGUCAUCUUUAGCAGAUUUCUGAUUUUUCCAUUCCACCACCUCUAUUAGCCAACACUGCUUUUCUUGUGAGUUUUGUUAAUGCAUUGAUGUCAUGUGCUGCGAGGUUUUGAUGCCUCCGUGACCAGAACAUGACUGCAACUGAGGCCGCAUCAACUACAUUUUAAUUGUGAUUGUCUAUAAUAUCUAGGAUCGAGGCGCAACUGUGACAGUUACCACGACCGCAGUUCAAAAAUUCGAUUCAACAAAAUCAAAGUUUAAAAAAAGUUCAUCUGGUGAGGAUCCAUCAUUUUGAAAACCAUGGUUUUAGGCAUGAAAGGAAAGAACAUGAGAACUAGCAAAGUUCAAGUUGAUUACCUAAUUCAUAUUCAAGAGAUUAAGCCUUGGCCUCCAUCACAAUCUUUAAGAUCUCUUCAUUCCGUUUUAAUGGAAUUGAAGAAUGGUUCUAGCACAUUAGGCUCUACAAAAUUAGUAUCACCUUCACUUGGUUCGGUCAUAGGUGAAGGAAGAAUCGAGUUCAAUCAAUCAUUUAGAAUUUCAGCAACAUUGUUGAGGGAUGUAUCCGUUAGAGGUGGUGAUUCCAAUGUGUUUCAAAAGAAUUUCUUGGAAUUCAACUUAUACGAACCAAGAAGAGAUAACAAGAUUGUUAAGGGUCAAUUAUUGGGAAAUUCUGUUGUAGAUUUGGCUGAUUAUGGAGUAAUUAAAGAAGGAUUAAGCAUUAGUACAUCUUUGAACUGUAAGAGGAGUUAUAGAAACAACGAUCAACCACUCUUGUUCGUUAAAAUCGAGCCUGUUGAAAUGAUUCGUGUUAGAUCUUCGUUGAAGGAGAGAUUUUCGAAUGAGGUUUUUGAGGAGAAUAGUAAUGGUGGUGAUUCUGUUUCAACAUUGAUGAAUGAAGAAUAUGCCGAAGAAGCUGAGAUUGCUUCUUUUACCGAUGAUGAUGUUUCCUCGCAUUCUUCUGUUGCAGCAGUUUCAACUUCAUUUGAGUCUAGUGGUUUUACACCUCCUAAAACAGACAAGUUUCAGAUUGAUCCAAAUGGACAAAUCCAAAAGACUAAUUUCAAUGAUAAGGAACAUCACUUAGCUUCAGAAACAAAGCUCGGAAACAUGAAUAUGACGCAACAAGAUACAUACAAGAAGCUUAACAGUUCAUCGUCAAUGGAUGCAUCAUUGUCAACAGAAAAAAAUGCUACUUCACCAUCUUCAGUUUGUGAAAAUUUAGACAAAAAUUCAAGGAGCAGAACAAGAAGCAAUGAUUAUGAAAAUUUGGAAGAAAAUUUUCAUGACAAGGUUGUUCAUUCUAGAAAUAUAGUUGAAGAUGUUCCAAGAUUAAGUAUCAAAAGUACUUUCAACAUUCAUUCCAAUUUGAACGAAAAGAGAGAUGCUAAGACUAAUCCAAAGGAAGCAAGAAAUGCUAAUUUAGAAGGUAAAAUUGAUUACUUGGACAAGAAGGUAAAGAUGCUUGAAGGAGAGUUAAGAGAAGCUGCUUCCAUUGAAGCUGCUUUAUAUUCAGUUGUUGCUGAACAUGGAAAUUCCAUGAGUAAGGUUCUAGCUCCGGCUCGGCGCCUUUCAAGGCUUUAUCUUCAUACUUGUAGAGAAAAUGUUCAAGGAAGAAGGUUUGGUGCAGCGAAAAGUUCUGUUUCUGGAUUAGUACUUGUUUCGAAGGCAUGUGGAAACGAUGUUCCAAGGUUAACCUUUUGGUUGUCUAACACUAUAGUAUUAAGAACAAUCAUAAGCCAAAACUCGAAAGAUAUGGUUUUAUCAAAUCAUGCUGGUUCCAAUAGAAGAAGAAAAACUGAGGGAGAUGGAAAUGCCAAAAUAGCAUCAUCACAAAGGUGGAAAGGAGAUAAAAAUGAAUGUUUUGGUAACUGGGAUGAUCCUCAUGUGUUCAUUUCAGCAUUGGAAAAGGUUGAAGCUUGGAUCUUCUCUCGGAUAGUAGAAUCUAUAUGGUGGCAGACUCUAACUCCACAUAUGCAACAUACGAAUACAAAUUUGACCAACAAGGAAGUUGCUUCUGCCUCAAGUAAAAGCAACAGAAGAGUAUCUAAUUCAUGUGAUCAAGAUCUUGGUAACAUGUCACUAAAUAUUUGGAAGAGUGCUUUUAAAGAAUCAUGUGAAAGGAUAUGUCCUAUUAGAGCUGGAGGGAAUGAGUGUGGCUGUUUACCUAUGCUUCCUAAAUUGGUAAUGGAGCAAUGUGUGGCAAGAUUAGAUGUGGCUAUGUUCAAUGCUAUUCUGCGCGAGUCUGGUGAUGAAAUCCCAACUGAUCCGAUAUCUGAUGCUAUUAGUGAUCCUAAGGUUCUCCCUAUUCCACCUGGAAAAACAAGCUUUGGAGCUGGUGCUAAGCUAAAAACUGUGAUUGGUAACUGGUCUAGAUGGUUGAGUGAUCUAUGUGGCAUGAAUGAGGAGGACUCACUUGAAGAUAAAGAUGACAAUGAUAACAAUAAGGAGAAACAUAACACAUCUUUUAAAUCUUUCACACUUCUUAAUGCACUAAGUGACCUCUUAAUGCUUCCUAAAGAUAUGCUAUUAAGUGCAUCCAUUAGGAAUGAGGUAUGCCCCAUGUUUAGUGCACCACUUAUCAAGAAGAUUCUUGAUAAUUUUUUUCCUGAUGAGUUUUGUCCUGAUCCGGUUCCUACAACUGUUCUUGAAGCUCUGGAUUUAGAGAAUGAUAUGGAAAAUGGAAAUGAGUUUGGCAACAACUUCCCAUGCAAUGCAGCUCCAAUUGUCUAUUCACCUCUACCGGUAACUUCGGUCACAAGCAUUCUCGGAGAGAUUGGAAGCAAAUCUCAGCUAAGAAGAAACAAAUCUUCUGUUGUUAGGAAGUCAUAUAGCAGUGAUGAUGAACUCAAUGAUUUGGAGUCACCAUUAUCUUUAAUAUUUUUUGGCAAUUCCUCGUCCUCGAGGGUUUCAACAAAAUCGAAUAUGAAGACGAGAGAAAUUCCAAGUGAAUCUCCUGUUAGAUAUGAUCUUCUUAGGGAUGUUUGGAUGAAUAGCAAUUAAUCUUCUUGCUAGGGCUUGAAUAAUCUACAAUGUGUGAAAAAUGCAUAAUUCAGUAUGUAAUCAUCUUUGAUAUAUGGGUUUUGUGACUAUAUAUAAUAAAUGUACAUAAAUUUUACACAUUUAUAAUCAUAAUAUUUCACAGUUACCAAUACCAAGUAAUGUCAUGAAAUGAUAAGAUGGUGAAAUAUGAUUGAACA